UUCGUCGAAGGAAGUGAAUGCAAAUAAAAAAAGCUCUGACGAAUGAUAAGACAACACACAUGAAUAUAAUAACAAUAAAAAAUAUACCCACUCCUUUGACAUUGAUGCGACACUUCUCCCAAGUCCUCCUUCUACCUUUUUUCUUUUUUUUUUUUUUGUUUUUUUUUUCUAUCCGUGAUUGACUUUCACUUCUCUCUGAAAUAUCAAACACUGAAAUGGCUCUUGAAGUGGUUAGUGCAUCUUUUCUCUCUGCUUUGUUCCAGACAAUGUUUGAGAAGAUGGCUUCACCGUAGAUGGUGGGCUUCUUUCUCAAAAGGAAACUCAACCAUGGGCUGCUCAAUAAACUCAAGAUUAUGUUGUUGUCUGCUAAUUCAGUGCUUGAUGACGCUGAGGAGAAGCAACUGAGGAACCCUCUCGUGAGGAAGUGGCUUCAUGAACUCAAGGAAGCCACUUAUGAUGCUGAUGACUUGUUGGAUGCCAUUGCUACCAAAGCUUUGCAAAGAGAGAUAAAAAACAUUUGCAUCUUCAAGUAGGAGAAUGAAGGUAAAGAAACUUGUCUCAACUUUGUUCUCUAGUACUAUUUCUGCUUUUGAUAACGCUAUAGAGACAAAGAUAGAAGAGAUUCUUGAUAGGUUGAAGUUUGUUCUUGAGCAAAAGGAUAUAUUUAGUUUAAAAGAGGGUUUUCAAAACAGAGUUUCACAAAGAUUACCAGCAACUUCUUUGGUAGAAGAAUCAUGUGUCUAUGGUAGGGAUUUUUUCAAGGAGAAAAUUGGUGACUUGUUAUUGUCAAAUGAUGAUCAUAGUGGUGAAAAGAUAUCUGUAAUUCCCAUUGUUGGUAUGGGUGGGAUUGGCAAAACUACACUUGCUGGUCUAGUUUAUAAUGAUGACGUAGUGAAGAAGAAGUUUGAUGUUAGAGCAUGGGUUACUAUCUCAGAUGAUUUCAAUAUCACUAGAAUAACAUAAACGAUUCUCGACCAUAUGGUUGAACUUAAACCAUGUGAUGAUGUUAACGACUUAAAUCAACUUCAGGUGAAACAGAAGGAGGUUUUAAGAGAGAGAAAGUUUUUCUUUGUUCUAGAUGAUGUUUGGAACAAUAAUUAUGGCCUUUGGAAUGUCUUAAGGUGUGCUUUUGAAUCUGGAGCACAGGGAAGUAAGAUCAUUGUGACUACUCGCCAUCAUGAAGUUGCAUCAAUGGUGACCACUGUUCAACCUUUUAAACUGGAAACAUUAUCUUAUGAAGAUUAUUGGCAAUUAGUUGUAAAACAUGCCUUUGUUCACGUGCCUGUAGGUGCAAAUCAAAAAUUUGAAAUGAUUGGUAGAAAAAUUGUUGAAAGAUGCAAAGGCCUCCCUUUGGUUGUAAAAUCUCGAAGAAGUUGGAAAUGAGUACUUUGACGAUCUAACAUCAAGGUUAUUAUUUAAAAAGUUAUAUACCGUAUCCAAUUGGUCGUUUCUAGAGGCAAGUAUUUUCCACAUGUAUGAUCUUGUGAAUGAUUUAGUCAAGUUGAUAUCUGGAGAGUUUUGUUUUGUACUUGAUAAUACCGAGUCUGGUUCAGCUGUUAUAAACAAGAGUAUCCGUCAUUUGUCAUAUGUCGAAGAAAAUGUCUACAACUUUAAUAACUUUCAAGUUCGAU